AUGGAUGUUAUCUUCCGUGUGGACUGCUCGUGCACAGCGCCAGGCGAAAACGUCUUCAUCGUCGGCUGCUGCAAGCAACUCGGGGCCUGGAACCCUGCAGAGGCAGUGCCCUGUUUCACAUCCAGCGCGGCGUUUCCGCGUUGGACUUCCAACGUUGUGAAGCUGCCCGUCGGCAGCAGGAUGGAAUUCAAGGUGGUGAUCCGUGGCCAUAGCGGCCAUCGCUGGGAACAUGGGGCGAACCGACUGCUGCAGGUGGAGCUCCCGAUGGAUGCAGAGGCGAAGAAGAUUGCUGUAAGCUUCGGGCAGCCCGGCAUCGAGGUUUGCCAGCCUGGGUCCACGCAGGAUGCCUCUGAAUCCGAACCGGCUGCGCUACCCAUGCUGCUUGGCAACCCGGUCCAUAAGGCCGACAUCAAGGCGAUGGCGCCCUGCGAUCUCGGCCUCUUCGCGUCAAAGGCGGCCUCGCCCAGCGCGGGCGAUGUGGAGGCUGCCCCGGCGUUCGGCAGCUCCGUGAAGGGGACGCCGGCGCUGCAGGAGGGCCGUUUCCACCUGCGUCCCAACAUGGGACCAGUGAUUUUGGAGCACGGCCCGAACGGCGAGGAGCCGGCUAUCAAGGCCGCCGAGGGCUGCACCCUGGAGCUGCGCGAGACGUGCAUCCAUCUGCACGGCACCCUUGCGGCGAUUCGCAAGGCAAAGCGCUGCCUGCAGCUGUUCGUGUCCAAGACCUUCAUCUGCACGUUCAGGAUGCCAACACCAGAGGCAACGGCAGCGGCCGGCCGGAUGCUGGGCAAGGUGCCGUGGGUGUGGGACGUCAAGCUUCACGGGCACAACCUGCUGCGACUCCACGCUCACGAGGCUAGCCUGGAGCAGGUCUUCGCUUCAAUGACUUCAUUUUCGAGCUACGCUGAACUCCGUCGCCGAGACUCGCCGGGCAGCCAUCGCAGCAUCCGUUGCUUUUCGGCCUGGCGCGCUGCAAAGUAG